AUGGCUACUAUAAGAAAGAGUAAGGGUCGCCAAAGGGUUGAGAUGACUAAAAUGGCAAAAGAAAGUAACCUACAGGUUACCUUUUCCAAACGUCGGUCUGGCCUUUUCAAGAAAGCUAGUGAAUUGAGCACCCUUUGUGGCGCCGAAACUGCCAUUAUAGUCUUCUCUCCAGGUAAAAAAGUAUAUUCAUUUGGCCAUCCAUCUGUCGAAUCCAUCGUAGAUCGGUUCCUUACACGGAAUCCUCUUACAAAUGCUGGUACACUACAACUUUUCGAGGCUCAUCGUAGUGCCAAUAUCCGUGAACUCAAUAUGCAACUUACUCAAGUUCUCAAUGAAUUGGGGGCUGAAAAGAAACGUAGUGAAGUGCUUGAAAAGAUAAAGAAAGCCAGCCAAACACAGUGUUGGUGGGCAGCUCCAAUUGAGGGGCUUGGUUUUGAGCAACUUGAGCUAUUGAAAGUGUCUCUAGAGCAACUCAAGGCUAACGUUGCAAGGCAAGCUGAUAACCUUAUGUUCCAGGCAGCUAAUCCUCCUGAUUUUUUCUCUCCAAACUCUAUUGGAGCAAUCAUUCCACAUGAUGCAAAGAUCAUUGGAUUUGAUCCUCAUGGCUUUAACUUUGGUUAUGGUGGUUCUUUAUUUUGA